UAGUCUCGGGUACGGAGCGCGUUGAGCCGGCGGCCUCCAGCUUCCGCCCGACGCGCCAUCUGCGCCUGCGAUACAGCCCGGUUUGGCCCCGAGCGCGCUGUGGUUUCGGCUUCUUAGCCUUGGGGCGUGGGACCCGCGCGGUCCUCACGCCCCAACCGGACUCCAAGGCGGGGAGGCUGCUUCCCGGGGCCGGCGUCGUUUUCUCGGUGUAGCGAAACCUCUAAACCGUUCUUGUUUAAACAAAGCCGCAAGAGAGAACUCUUCAGAAGCUGCAGAGGAAGCUGGGUUUUGCCGCUUUUAGCUGGUAGUAAAAGAGGCAAUAAAGAAGCGAGGGUAGCAGAGCAGGCGAGUGCCUGGGCCGGGAGAAGCUGCAGCUACGCCUUUUACUGCAGGAACUUCCACCCGAAUACGUGAACUCCUAAUUAUGCCUUGGGGAUAUAGCCCGGCUCUCGCUCCCCGCCUCCCCCAGCUGCAUUGUUCAUUAGCUCUUUCAUCAUACAAUGGGUCCACUGAGUUUGUGAGCCUUGAUUCUAUUCAUUUUAUCAGGGUAUUGUUUUAGUAAAAUAAAGCAUAAAGAAGGUCAGAAUUAUCAGAACUCCAGGGGGUCUCUGGGUUUACUUAAACGCGCUGCCCUGUCCUUGCUAAUGUAAAUCAUCUAUGCCAACCCCGUUGGAGCGCCAGGGCGAGUUGUAUACACCACUAGCGUUUUAGUGUGGGAGUACCCUGAACGUUUAAUAGAGAAUUGGGACUGUGCCAUUUUAAUUCUCAUUUGACUGAUUUAUCACAAACCAAAAUUAUAAAUUGGUAAGGUAAAUUCCACUGCAUUUUGAAUGAUCUUGGUGUGUAUCCAGGAUGUUUUCAAACUGUUAAAAGGUCAUUUUUUUCUUCUUUUUUCUUUUAGUAAGAGACAGAGGUCUCGCUGUGUUGCCCAAGACUGUCUUGAACUCCUGGGCUCAAGUGAUCCACCUCGGCCUCCCAAAGUGCUGGGAUUACAGGGGUGAGCCACCGCUCCUGGACAAGAAGGCAGUUUUUAAAGGCAUAGUAAUUUACCACUAAUAGGACAUCCUUUAAAACUGGGCAUUUCUCAUUUAAUAAACUUGUGAUUUAUUUGCUAGACAAAGAAUUGUCCAGUUAUUGAAGCCAUCGUAAGUACAAGAAGUGAUAAGCCGGUGCCACUGAUGGUCAACAGUGGAGGAGCAGUCUGCACUACAGUGGAGUGUAGUCUACACCUCUAAAAUUUUGUCCUGCAGUUCAAGUGCAUACUUGCCAGUUUUAAAGCUUCUCUUCAAAGGGGAUGUAAAUACGUUGAUGCUCAGCAACCUCUACCACUAGCAGCAGAGAAUAAACACUAAUCAUGUUUUAAGUUGUAGAAUAAAAGCUGCCACGGUGACACCUUUUAUAUCUUAAACUUUAAUAUCAACUUUUCAGUAACCUCCAAAAUCUGCACUUUUAUAAGAUAAUAUAAAAUAACAGAAAAAUGUGUUCAUGGCCAGGCAAAGUGGCUCACGCCUAUAAUCCUAGCACUUUGGGAGGCCAAGGCUGGAGGAUUGCUUGAAGCCAAGAGUUCAAGACCAACCUGGGUAACAUAGACCCCACAUCUCUAUUAAAAAAGAAAAGAAAAUGUAUUCACCCCAACCCCAUAGAUAUACUUUGUAGUCCUGUGAUUUCAAGUACCCACAGCAUGCCCAUGAGUAAGUGGAUGUGCUUUCCCCAAUUUGAGACUUACAAAAUAGAGAAGGAAUUACCUAAAGCUCAUCUGUAGCAUCGGCCUGGGAUCAGCAGCUUUAGAGGUGGGGACUGUCCUGCCAGCUCUUACUGUUUCUUGGUGCUUCAUCCCUAGCCCCACUCACCUUUCCCUAUAGGAACUUGGAAAAGCUGGGCAAGUCCCGUGGCACCAGCCUGCACAGGAAAGGAAGAUUGAAAGAACUGGUUUGCUGAUUUUUUAAAAAAUGGAUUUGGCCAACCAUGGACUUAUUCUACUGCAACAGUUAAACGCUCAGCGAGAGUUUGGUUUCCUGUGUGACUGCACGGUUGCAAUCGGCGAUGUAUACUUCAAGGCACACAAAUCAGUUCUUGCUUCAUUCUCCAAUUACUUUAAGAUGUUGUUUGUCCAUCAGACCAGUGAGUGUGUCCGCUUGAAACCAACUGAUAUACAGCCUGACAUCUUCAGCUAUCUCUUACACUUGAUGUACACUGGGAAGAUGGCGCCUCAGCUCAUCGACCCGGUUCGAUUAGAACAGGGUAUCAAGUUUCUGCACGCCUACCCGCUCAUCCAGGAAGCCAGCCUCGCCAGCCAGGGAGCCUUUUCUCACCCUGACCAAGUUUUCCCACUGGCUUCUUCAUUGUAUGGCAUUCAGAUUGCAGAUCAUCAGUUGAGACAAGCCACCAAGAUUGCUUCAGCACCUGAAAAACUCGGGCGAGAUCCACGGCCACAGACCUCCAGGAUAAGCCAGGAGCAGGUCCCUGAGGCCUCACAGCUCUCCCAGCUGACUUCAAAUCUGGCCCAGGUGAAUCGGACAAAUAUGACUCCCUCAGAUCCCCUGCAGACCUCGCUGUCUCCAGAACUUGUUUCCACUCCUGUUCCUCCCCCUCCUCCCGGGGAGGAGACCAAUCUGGAAGCAUCUUCCUCCGAUGAGCAGCCUGCAUCCCUUACAAUAGCCCACGUCAAGCCGAGCAUCAUGAAGAGGAAUGGGAGCUUUCCAAAGUACUAUGCCUGCCACCUGUGUGGACGGCGCUUCACUCUCCGGAGCAGCUUACGUGAACACCUCCAGAUCCACACAGGAGUACCUUUCACAUCUAGCCAACAGGGAGAAAGUCGCGUCCCCCUGACUCUCUGUAGCAAUGCAGCUGACCUCGGGAAAGAUGCCAUGGAAGUGCCUGAAGCCGGGAUGAUAAGUGACAGUGAGCUGCAGCACAUCUCCGAUUCUCCCAUCAUCGAUGGGCAGCAGCAGUCGGAAACCCCACCCCCCUCAGACAUUGCUGACAUUGACAACCUGGAGCAAGCCGACCAGGAGAGGGAGGUGAAGAGGCGGAAGUACGAGUGCACAAUAUGUGGACGCAAAUUUAUCCAGAAAAGCCACUGGAGGGAACACAUGUACAUACACACCGGGAAGCCUUUCAAGUGCAGCACUUGUGACAAAAGCUUUUGCAGGGCCAACCAGGCUGCCCGCCACGUGUGCCUCAACCAGAGCAUCGACACUUACACCAUGGUGGACAAACAGACUCUGGAACUCUGCACAUUUGAGGAAGGGAGUCAGAUGGACAACAUGCUGGUGCAAACGAACAAACCCUACAAAUGCAACUUGUGUGACAAAACAUUCUCCACUCCCAAUGAGGUUGUUAAACAUUCAUGCCAAAACCAGAACUCGGACGUUUUUGCCCUAGACGAAGGGCGAUCCAUUCUCCUGGGCAGUGGGGACUCGGAAGUAACGGAGCCUGACCACCCAGUGUUAGCUUCCAUCAAAAAGGAACAGGAAACCGUCUUACUAGACUGAAUGUCACUUAUCUUUUUAAAAAACUCUCAUUUUUACAAAGACUAUCUUCCCUCCCUUCCCUGAAUUCAGAACUGUAGUUCUCCAUGGCAUGAUACAAACAGGUCCUUGUUCUCUUCUCCUCUUCCCCUUUUCCACAUCCCAGCCCCACCUCUGUCAAGGCUUUGUGCAUUAUACACCUGGAAUGUAUCAACUUUCAUUCAGGGGAUAUUGGAAAGAUAAUGGUCAUUAUACUUAUAAACUCAAAUUUUGAGAGGUUUUAGAUUAUUUAAAAGCAUACUUGGAACUAAUGAAGGGUAUAUAAUAAAACAACUGGAAUCCAAUUUGGUAAGCUAAAAUUAUGACUUUCCCUGGGUAAAAAGUCUUCUCAGAAAAACAAUGUCAGAAAAUACAGCGUGCUUCUUAGAGAUACGGCUGGGCUCUCUACUAUGCAAAAUCUAGAAGGUGUGGGGAAACUUUAAACCCAAGAAAACGUUCUUAGUAUUCAUCCUCCAGGUGUCUUACUUUAGAAUGCAUCCUUUGAGAUUAUGUCCCCUUAAGAAAAAUCAUCAGUUAAGAAAUCUACUUUAACAAAACAAAAAGGAGAAAAAGUAAUAAUGUGAUGGCAAUCUUAAUUUUUGGGUACAACAUGACAAGCUGUGAGUUUGUGUGUUUGUAAGAGAAAAAUGUGUGGGUACUUGCUAUAAACAGGUGAAUUAAUGCACAUCCUUAUCUCAUUGCUGGCUUCUUUCCAAGUUGAGCAACAACAAAAUGCUGUAUUUGAGUUUCUGACAAAAUUGUUUUAAAAAUCAGAUUUGAAUGUACUAUUCUAUAAAUUGCCUUUCUGAAUGGAACAUGACAUGCCAUUUUCUAGCAGCUGCCAGUGAUAAUUUGUUUUACACUAACUUUUAAAUCAGUGUGUGUACUGCAGGGAAAAGGAUAUAGGAAUAUUCAUCUUACAGGGGAAUUUGUGACCAGAAGAUGUAGUAACUUCAAUGACUGAAAAAGUCAAUGCUGAUAGUUUACUGGCAACAUUAAUUGAAGCAUCAAAAAUAAAUGGCAAAGAGAAAUCAGGACAAAAAAUCUAAUUGCUGUUUGGGAAAAAACUUGAUUUUGAUGUUUAUUCUCCAGGUUUUUGGUUUGUUUUUUUUUUUUUCUUUUUUAAUGCCUGAAAUUUUCUUCAUUGGCCCAAAAGCAGUAAAAAUUGUUCAUUAAUCUUCUGUUAGGCCAAUAAAAGAAGGGCCUCACAGGACAAACAGGAGCCAGAAGUAAGGACUGAAGGAGAAGGGGAGAAUAGCUAAUAGCUAUACUAUAUGUAUAUGUUAAAAACUGAAUAUCCCAUCAUCCUAUUUCAUGUAUAGUUGAGUUCUCAAAUUUGUAAGUUUUUAUACAUCCUUUCAUUGAAUAAACGUUUAAUUAAAUGA